AGGGAUUUUUGGGCGCAGAAGGGGGUUUAAGAAUCGAAUGAUGCGGAUGGGUCGGGUGCGUGGAUCCCGUGAGGCCCGUCGGAAUGUGUUAGAGUCGGUGAGGAGCGGCUUUCCGGCAGCUGCCGUCCAUCGAUCAUCCGUGUGAUUGCUUGAUCACGUUAUCGAGAUCCAGCCAACGGAUUGCGACUGGCGCGUAAUUCUUCGAGCGAGAUCGCCUUCCCCGCUGCCUGGGGAUAUGAUCGAUGGGCAAGACAAGGUGCCGCUACAGCAGCUCCGAAGGCUGUCAAGCGGCGAUGGGUGUAGUAGCUUCGAUGGAAAUUCUUUAUCUGGAGCUACGGAAGAUGUAACUUGGAAAACGUGGGAUGAUGGGGAUAAGCAUGCCUUUGUGGGGGAUUUGGAAGAGUUGUGUUCUCCGAGUUCUGCGCAAAAGGCGAGGGAUAACAACUAUCCUCAGUUUACUUUGGCGACCAGAUUGGCAUCGCAGGCAUUCCUUGCAUAUCAGCCUUAUUUCUUUCAGGAGUCAGCACAGGAGAUUUGUGUUACGUCCUCUGACAGCAGCACCGUGUCUUAUCGUCUCUGGGUCAAUGGAUGUUUAUCUUUCUCUGAUAAAAUAACGGAUGGUUUUUAUAAUAUUUUGGGAAUGGACCCGUUUUUGUGGGCGAUGUGCAAUAAUACGGAAGAAGGUAAAAGAUUGCCUAGUUUGGCAGCACUCAACGAAGUCGAGCCUAUCGAAUGUUCUAUGGAGGUUGUUUUCAUUAAUAGAAAUGAAGAUUCUCGCCUCAAGCUACUCGAGAAGAAGGCAUUAGAAUAUUAUUCUGUGUUUGGGAUUUCGUUAGUUACGGUGAAACAACUUGCUGGUCUUGUUUCCCAUUAUAUGGGUGGUGCCUUCAAAACAGAACAAGGAGAACUUCAUCAGAAAUGGAAAAUGUGUAGUGAAGAGCUAAAACAUUUCCAUCAACAUAUAGUUAUUUCUAUUGGUAGCCUCUCUUUUGGACUCUGCAGGCACCGUGCCAUCCUUUUCAAAGAAUUGGCAGACUAUAUAGGCUUACCAUGUAGGAUAGCCCAAGGCUGCAAGUAUUGCACAUCUACAUAUGGCACAUCUUGCCUUGUAAAACUUGAUUCCAAGCAAUCGUUAAGGGAAUAUGUUGUAGAUCUAAUUGGGAUGCCAGGAAAUGUCUAUGAUCCAGAUUCAACAAUUAAUGGACAGUUGCUCUCAUUUGUACCUUCUCCUUUUCAGGUGUCACAUUUGACAUGUUGCCCAACUUUGCACACAAAUGAUGCUUUAUCCCAUGAAAUGCUGAACCAAGCGUAUACAGGUGUUCCUGCUGGAAAAACUCAAUGCUCAGGUUUUCUUGAUGAAGCUGUUGUAAAAAUUUUACAUCCUGAUCCCAGAGUAAAUGUGGGCACAGAGUUUAUUCAAGACACAAAUAACAGAGGCAUGAUCUCAAAUUAUCAAAUUGGAAAGACGACGAGUGUUCCAUCCAAAUUAGAAGUAUCUAUACAAUUUGAAUGCAGGGAAAACGAUAUCAUGUGUGAUGAUAAACCAAUUCCUCGGGAAGCAAACAUUCAGAGAUACACAAGUCUUGAACCACCUCUCACCAUGGACUGGCCUGAAAUUUCAUGGGAUGAACUAGAAAUAAGGGAGCGUGUCGGUGCCGGAUCAUUUGGAACGGUGUUUCGUGCUGAGUGGCAUGGAUCUGAUGUUGCAGUGAAGGUCCUUGAAGAUCAAGAUUUCUAUGAUGAUCAGAUGAAAGAAUUUUUGAGGGAGGUCGCAAUAAUGAACCGGGUUCGUCAUCCAAAUUUGGUUUUAUUCAUGGGUGCAGUCACGAAGCGGCCACAUCUUUCUAUUGUAACAGAAUAUCUGCCCAGGGGCAGUCUUUACCACCUUCUAAGCAAAGCAAAUGCUGGAGAAUUAUUGGACAGAAGACGAAGACUGCGAAUGGCACUGGAUGUGGCCAAGGGAGUUAAUUAUCUUCACUGCCUUAACCCUUCAAUUGUUCACUGGGAUCUUAAAUCUCCUAAUCUUUUGGUUGACAAGAACUGGUCGGUGAAGGUAUGCGAUUUUGGGUUGUCUAGAUUGAAAGAACACACCUUCAUUUCAUCAAAAUCUGCUGCCGGAACACCUGAAUGGAUGGCGCCAGAAUUUCUCCGUGGAGAGCCAACAAAUGAGAAGUCGGAUGUAUUCAGCUUUGGGGUAAUUUUAUGGGAACUUUUGACAAAGCAACAGCCAUGGAGAGGGCUUAGCCCUGGCCAGUUUCAGGUGGUUGGAGCAGUUGCUUUUCAGAAUAGAAGGCUCCCUAUACCCCAGGAUACGUCUCCUGCAUUAGCAGCCCUUGUGGAGUCUUGCUGGGCCGAUGAUCCGAAGCAGCGACCUCCAUUUUCAAGCAUCGUGGAAACACUGAAGAAGCUUAUUAAAUCAUCAGCCGCGCAAGUGGGGAGCUCGUGAAGCAGAUACCAUAUAGUUAACUGGUUCUGAACAUGGUCUACCAAGCUUUUCCUUCCGCGAAUGGCAAUCAUGUAUUGGUGAACCAUUGGUAUCUCUUGCUAGGCGAUCAUGAAUAUAUAUCUUCAAAGUAGUACUUCUGAUAUCUGCCCUUGACUUGCUACAUAAUGUCACCGGCAGUUUUUGAUGAUGGUAUGAAGAAAGAAUGAAAGUUUAAAACAAAGAAAAUAAAAAUAAAAUUAAAAUGUACUGGGUUUGUUUCAUGCUUAUUUGUGUUAAUAUUUCAUGUUGUAAGCUAAAAUGUUUAUAGAUUUUCUCACCUUACAAUGUGAGCCCAAUUCUAUGUAUCUUUUAACCAAAUAAAGCUUAAAUGUUGUGUAAUUAU